GUUGCGGCGAGUGACAUCAUUAUACCGUCGUUUAUUGUGCGAUCAUUGUCAUUGUUCUUCCUUCGACUCCGCGGAAGGCCGCACGCCCAUUACACUCGCGGCACACUUUUUUUUCCGGCGAUCGUUCGGGUGCCCGUCGGCCGCGCGUAUAUAUAACGCCGGACGCCACACAAUCCGCCAACACUCGUACGCUUCCGACCGUUUAAGUGACAACCGCCGCUGGCUAACCUAUAACCUAACCGUCCGGGUUUUAAUCGUCUUCCGACGUCGCACGCCAGUUGACGUCCACGCUUCCGGCGUCCGGUGUACGACGACGUCGCACGACAGCUUCAGCAGCCGAGGUCUAUAUAUAUUAUAAUUACGCCGUACGAGCCGAACCGGGCCAAUCGUCGACAAGCGCACGAGCCACCGCGUUCCCACAACCGUCAUCGUCGUCAUGUGGACCGCUAAGGAAUUAAUUAUUGUGGUAUGUCUAUUGAGAUUGUGUAUUUGCCAGCAAUAUGAACAGUCAGGAGGACCAGGAAGUUAUUCAUCUUCAAGUGGGAAAUAUAAUGCAGGAAAGUCGACAGCAUUUGGAAGACCAAAUGGUGGUUCUGGUGCCAAUGGUUAUGGUACUGCAACCGGAUUUCUCGGCCAAGGUCAAGGAGGAAAGGGUAGUUACGGAAACGGUUUCAAUGGAAACACAAGAUAUCCAGGAAGUCAAAAUGCAGGUGCCACAAAUUGUGGACCCAAUGAUAAUAAUGGUGGCUUUGGUGGACCCAACAAUGGUUUUGGAGGAUAUGGAAGUGGAACUAGUGGUUCCAAUGGUGCUGGAAAUUAUGGAGGUGGAGUCAAUAGCUUUGGAAGCAGUGGUGGGUAUGGUAAUGGAGGUUUUGGUAGUAGUGGUGGUAGUGGUGGGGGUGGAUAUGGUAGUGGAGGUAGUAAUGGGCGUGGAAAUGGCGGUUCAGGAAGCAGUGGAGGAUAUGGAAAUGGUGGUCUAGGAGGAAGUGGAGGAUAUGGAAAUGGUGGUUUAGGAGGCAGUGGAGGAUAUGGAAAUGGUGGUUUGGGAGGCAAUGGUGGAUAUGGAAAUGGUGGUCUAGGAGGCAGUGGAGGAUAUGGGAAUGGUGGUUUAGGAGGCAGUGGAGGAUAUGGAAAUGGUGGUCUAGGAGGCAGUGGAGGAUAUGGGAAUGGUGGUUUAGGAGGCAGUGGAGGAUAUGAGAAUGGUGGUUUAGGAGGCAGUGGAGGAUAUGGAAAUGGUGGUCUAGGAGGCAGUGGAGGGUAUGGAAAUGGUGGUACAGGAGGCAGUGGAGGAUAUGGAAAUGGUGGUUUAGGAGGCAGUGGAGGAUAUGGAAAUGGCGGUCUAGGAGGCAGUGGAGGAUAUGGAAAUGGUGGUCUAGGAGGUAGUGGUGGAUAUGGAAAUGGAGGUUUAGGAGGUAAUAGAGGAUUUGGAAGUGGAGGUUCAGGAAGUAAUGGUGGAAAUUUUAAUCCGAAUCAAAAUGCUCCUCCAGCUGCCAAAGUGAGUUUCAAUAGCUUUUUUGGAAGAUCCGGACGAAAUGGCCGAGGACAAUUUGGCGGUUCAAAUAAUGGAGGAUUUAACAACUUCGGCAGUCAAAAUGGUGGAGGUACUGGCUCCUAUGGCAGUCAAAAUUUUGGUGAUUCUGGCGGUCUCGGCAGUCAAAAUGGUGGUGGUUCUGGAUCUUAUAGUGGUCAAACCAGUGGAGGUUCUGGUACUUAUGGUGGACUCAAUGGAGGAGGUUCUGGUUCUGGUUAUAGUGGUCAAAACAAUGGAGGUUUUGGCUCUCAUGGAGGAGGUUCUUCUCCAAAUGGUGCACAAAAUGGUAUUGGUAACGGUUAUGGAUCUGGAUAUGGAGAAUCUGAUCUUGGUGGAUCUGGACAAAAUAAUGGAUUUGGAAAAAGUUCUCCAGGAGGAUUUUCAUCUGAAUCUUCUGGUCAAGGAUCAAAUGGGUAUUGAUACAUUACACUGUACUUAUAAAUUAUAAUUAAUUUAUUAAAUUAUUGUUUUAUAAACUAAUA